CGGGAGGAUGCAGAAGCCGCUGCCAGAAAUGAGGAUGGAGGCCGGGGAGGCAGCGCCGCCGGCGGGGGCGGGCGGCCGCGCUGCGGGCGGCUGGAGCAAGUGGGUGCGGCUCAACGUGGGGGGCACCGUGUUCCUGACCACCCGGCAGACGCUGUGCCGGGAGCAGAAGUCCUUCCUCAGCCGCCUGUGCCAGGGGGAAGAGCUGCAGUCUGACCGGGAUGAGACCGGGGCCUACCUCAUUGACCGUGACCCCACCUACUUCGGGCCCAUCCUGAACUUCCUCCGGCAUGGCAAGCUGGUGCUGGACAAGGACAUGGCUGAGGAGGGGGUCCUGGAGGAAGCCGAGUUCUACAACAUCGGCCCGCUGAUUCGCAUCAUCAAGGACCGGAUGGAGGAGAAGGACUACCCUGUCACACAGGUCCCGCCCAAGCACGUGUACCGCGUGCUGCAGUGCCAGGAGGAGGAGCUCACGCAGAUGGUCUCCACCAUGUCUGAUGGCUGGCGCUUUGAGCAGCUGGUGAACAUCGGCUCCUCCUACAACUACAGCGGGGAGGACCAGGCGGAGUUCCUGUGCGUGGUGUCCAAGGAGCUCCACAGCUCCCCCCACGGGCUGAGCUCCGAGUCCAGCCGCAAAGCCAAGAGCGCGGAGGAGCAGCUGGAGGAGGAGCAGCAGGAGGAGGAGGAGGUGGAGGUGGAACAGGUGCAGGUGGAGGCAGAUACACAGGAGAAAGCCCAGUCAUCUCAGGAUCUCGCUAACCUUUUCUCCCUCCCACCACCGCCUCCUCCUCCUCAGCUUCCCGCUGGAGGUCCUGCCUCAUCUUCAUCCACCUCUUCUUCCUCCUGGAUCUCUGCACCCUGCCUCUUCCCUCUCUGCCCCUGUCCGGGUUUCCUCUCUGCCUGCUCACGCCUCCAUCCCGGGGCCACCCUGGUCCCAGCCUCCCGCGCCCUCCACCCAGGCGCCCCAGCCUUGCAUCUCAGAGCGUCCUGCCUGCCGCCUCCUGCAUCCCUCCUGGCAGCUCCUACCUCCUGGCCUGGGGGGGAGGGGUGCAGCUGCACCUCCUCUGGGCCUGCCGACACCACUGGGCACCUCUGAGGCCACCCGGCCCCAGCGCCUCGCCUCCUCGCCUCCUCCUCACAUUUCCUCCUUGCAGGUUCCCGUCUGCACCCCUCAGACCUGAGGCUGCGCGUGCAGGGAGGGCCUUAGCCCCUCGCUCACCCCCAGAGCGCCACCCCCGGUUUGUAGCUUGGCGGAGCUGGAGGGAGGGCAGAAGCCAGGAGGGUGCUCAGAUCUUGUUCCUUGGACUUGGGCCAAACUUCUGGCUGAUUUUUCUCCCCUCCCCAAAGUAUCUCAGCUGAUCUUGGCCUUGGAUGUGAGGCUGUGAGAGGAGAAGGAAGCUAGGGGUGGACACUGUGCCAUCUGCCCAUCAGCUCCAGAGCAGGCUGGGCAGGAGGGGGGGAUGUAAGCCAGAUGCCCUGGCCUCCCUCUGCACAUGAGCUCCUGCCUCACAGCCUCGGGGCCUGGGUUCCCCAUCUCUGCGGGGAGGGAAGGACAGGCCACACUUGGGUUCCCUUGGCCUCUGAGGAGUCAGCCAGAGCCGGCUACAGGGAUCGGCGUGCGGCAAGAAAAGCCCCCACUCAGUCUUGUCGGCCUGCUCGGUGACUCAGGGCCAGUCAUUGUCUCUCUAAAGGGGGGACAGAGGGCUGCUUUCUGACCUGCCGCUCUUGGCCUUGACCCCCUGGCCGGAGUCUUGGCAGAAACUGGCCUCCUAGGUAGGCAGCCACCACCAGCCCAGAAUGGGGUGUGGGGCUCCCAGACAGGGGAGCUGGGCCCCCUUCCUAGUCCCCUCCUCCUGGGCUCUGUCUGAACCCACCUUCUCCGGGCCUCAGCCCCCUCCCUCCUCCCAGAAGGGACCCUGUGACUCACCUACCUCUUUCUCUCUCCCUCUCUCCCACCCCUCCCUCCAUUUCAAUCUCCUUUCUGUCCUUCUCCUGGCCCCCCAUCACCCUCCUCACCGCCCCCCCCAUCCCUUUCCCGGUGUUCUGACCACCCCACACCUGCCCCCCUGCCUUUCCCUCUUAUUUUCUAGCUGUUACAAGCCAGAGGCACCCGGAUGUGAGGCCCCAGAUCACCUCCAGGCACUUGGGGUUCCGAUCUGAAGUCCUUUAUUUUUGUACCACGG